AUGCAGUAUAAUAUCCAGUUGCUUGCGGCACAUCCCGCUGCCGUGCGCAGAGUCGAUGUUAUCGCAGGAAUGCUCUACCGAGCUCUCCCUAGCAGUCUCGGCGGGACUAUCUCGGGGCGGUCGCAGCGUCUCGCCGUGAUUGUUGUGUUGCCUUCUGGUGACUUCUUGGAGGCCUUUGGGAGGCCCGAUGUGUGCUUAUAUGCGCCGCGACGUGCGAUAACGGGCUCGGCUGCGCUGACAUCCACGCGCAAGCUGCCCGCGUCAGAUGGCGCGUGGGCGCCCUCGUUUCCAACGCAGCGUGUCGCAACACAGCAAAAGCCAGCAGGCAAGGCGGCCGCGCGUGCUCUGAGACGCUCGCUUGCGCCGUCGGCACUGCGGCCUUCUCUUUCUCAGGUGCGGCUCUGA